AUGGGGCAGCACUUUCUCCCAUAUUUAAUUUGGCUCUUAAUAUCAUCUCUUUACUGGGUAUUCUGCGUUGCAGACAACAGACUACAUCCUGACAAUCGAAUCUUCGUUAACCAAACCAUAACUUCCUCGGGAGGGAUCUUCGCUCUAGGCUUCUUCUCCCCCGGGAACUCCACUGAGAACAGGUACAUAGGGAUUUGGUACAACAGCAUCCCGGAGAAGACGGUCGUAUGGGUCGCCAACAGGGAAGCUCCACUGGUAGACGCAUCGGGUGUGCUCACAGUCAUGGCGGACGGAAACAUCGCUUUGAUAGACGGGAAAGGGGUUCUGCUUUGGAGUUCCAACCUCACUGGAAUUCCUGUCAAUACCUCCGCCGUCCUCCUGGACUCGGGCAACUUCGUUCUCAGAGAUAGCGAGGAGAACGUCCUCUGGGAGAGCUUCAACCAACCAUCCGACACCUAUCUCCCCACGAUGGAUCUCUCGCUGAAUAUCAAUACUGGCAAACGCAUAGAUCUGACGGCGUGGAAGGAUCCACAAGACCCUUCACCUGGAAAUUUUUCCUUCGGCCUCGAUCGGAAGUCUCUUCUGCAGUUAGUAGUCAAAGAGGGAUCGAAAAUUCUCUGGAGAAGCCAGCCAUGGCGUGCAAGGCAGGCUUUCGUUGUAGGCAAUCUCAACACCAGUGACACCCUCAUCCUUUCCUUCUCAUUCACUGAGAAGGUGUUGAGUUUGUCGUCCUUGGCGACGGGGGCCUUGGUCCUCUCGAGGUACACUCUGGAUACAAGCGGCAGGCUCAAUUUCUCCUUCUUGAACCCUAGAGGAAACAGCUGGUCUCUCAUAUCGUCCUUCCCAAGUAAUGCCUGCGAUAUCUACAAACCAUGCGGUGCCUUCUCAUUCUGCAAGCUCGAGGGCUCUGCACACUCCUGCAGAUGCCUGGAGGGAUUCGAACCCACGAACAUGAAAGAGUGGGAAGUGAGGAACUUCUCCAGAGGUUGUUUGAGGAAGGUGCCGCUGAGAUUAAACAAGAAAGACGAGUUCUUGAGGUAUGAGACCAUGAAAUUGCCGGACGAUUUCUCCAUCUGGUGGAAUAGGACUGCGGAGCAGUGCAUGACCGGGUGCUUGGAUGAUGGUCAGUGCACGGCGUACGCCAUCGCCAAUUUCACCGGCGGAGAUCGAAUCGGCUCAAGGUGUCUGGUAUGGUCUGGGGAACUGAUUGAUCUGGUUAAGGCUCCAAAUUCGGGAGAGGAUCUGUACGUGCGUAUUGCCUCAGCGCAAUUGGGUACUUUCUUCAGCCCUUUCCGCUCCAUUUAUUUCUAUUUUUACUAUAUUUCCUUGUCAUAAUCGUAUGAAAUUGAAGAUUCAUCCAAUGGGUGAAUUUCCUUGCUGUUCUUCGGAAUCAUUAUUGUUGAAACUGUUUUUAUUAACAAAAUGUUAUUCUCUUUUUGUUGCACUUCUCUCCUCUAGUUCCUCUGUACAUCGUUUUUAUUUUCAUUUUCAAUGAUAUUUCAUGCAACCAAAUGUGACGAGUUUGAUCACUGUAUAUUGAAUUUCAUACAAUCUGAUGGGCAAAAUGAAUCAAUAUACCCUUGUUUCCAGACCCCAAUGGGAAGAGUACUACGCUCCUGAAGAUCGUAGCACCUACUGUUGCUGUUGUUGCGACACUUCUCAUGGGAGCUUCUUUCUUCCUCCUAUUCAGGAAACGAAAGAGCAGGAAAGGUAAAUAGACGUACACCAUAACCACCUGAUCCACUUCUUUCUUUCUCGAUUUAUUAACCAUUGGUAUUUCUGUGCUUGCUGUAUCUUAAGGAAGGAGGGUGAAAGGCGGCAAGGGAGUACUGUUUGACGGAAGUAGGUCCUUAGCUACGCUUGGAAGUGAAGACGAUAUGUCUGAGCCAAUCAAGUUGGAAUUUAGUAGUAUUAUGUCCACGACAAAUAAUUUCUCGACAAAAAAUCAGUUAGGGCAUGGAGGCUUUGGUUCUGUCUACAAGGUAUGCUAUUCCUAUCCAUAAUUUAUGUUUUUCGAUUACUAAUUUGUUUGGGACCAAAGCUUGACCCAAGCUGGAUUCAUUUUUUCUGGGCCACGUUCUGAAAAUAAAGCCUACAAAACGAAUGGCCCAAGGAUGGGACGGGUCUUAGUCUGGGACCCCAGUGUUUUGUCUGUCUUCCGGCUCUCUCCCCCCCCGCCCUCUCUCUCUCUCUCUCUCAUAUGGACUUUUCUUCGCGCUGGAGACGUAGAAAAUGCGUCCAUUCGAAAAGACAUGCGGGUAAUUGCGAAGGUAAAGUAAGAUUAGAUUACGACUGAUGGUCGAUUAUGGGAUUCAUUUCUCAGGGCAAACUAUUGUCAGGCCGUGAAGUUGCAAUAAAAAGGCUUUCCAAGUUCUCUGGUCAAGGACUCGAGGAAUUCAAAAACGAGGUCAAGCUCAUAGCCAAGCUGCAGCACACAAACCUUGUUCGUCUCUUGGGCUGGUGCGACCAUGACGACGAGAAGCUGCUGGUCUACGAAUAUAUGCCCAAUGGAAGCCUGGACAAACUCAUAUUCGGUGCAGCUCAUGCUUACCUUAUUUGGAAUAUCUGUUCGUGAUCUUUCUAGCACUUUGUUUUUUCUUAGCUUAAAACUGUGGAGCAGAUGAAAGGCGGUCAGCGGAGUUAGACUGGGGAAAACGGCUGAGAAUCGUAGAAGGGAUAGCGAAUGGUCUCCUGUAUCUCCACCAGCAUUCAAGACUGCGCGUCAUCCACAGGGACUUGAAGACCAGCAAUGUGCUACUAGACGCUCAGAUGAACCCCAAGAUUUCAGAUUUUGGGUUAGCAAGGAUAUUUGACGGGACGCAAACAGAAGCCAACACUGGCAGAGUACUCGGCACAUAGUAAGCCUCUCCUCCAUUAUUGGAUUCGGAGGAAAAUACACACCUUUUCAUAUUAACGUGGCGUUUUGUUUGGAUUUGGAACGACAGCGGGUACAUGUCACCAGAAUAUGCAAUGGAUGGGGUCUUCUCUGAAAAGUCUGACGUAUUCAGCUUCGGCGUGAUGGUGCUGGAAAUUGUCACCGGGAAGAGGACCACAGGCUUCUACCCCUACAAAGACUCCUUCAGUCUCGUAGGUUAUGUAAGUGCGACCCACUCGCAGAAAAAAAUUCAUUCACACAAAGACUGAUCUGAUGUAGGUAAUCAUUAAAGCAAAUGAAGGAUAUUAAACUUUUGCUUCCGUCCUCAAUUGAUACAUUAAGAAUGGUUCUUCAAUGAUUACGAUUAAAGUACAUAUGAUCAUAAGGAUGGUCUGACUCUAUUUAUCGUCAAUUAUUUCUUCCUUCAAUGGCUGAAUAACAUUCGCAUAGUAUUGAAAUCAAGAUGGUUCAUAGCAUGUGUACACCCUUUUUACAUUGUUUAUUUGACAAUAUCUAAAUUUGGACCGGCAUGUGAACUUUGUGAGAAGAAUAGCCCGUAGGAGAUGGGCAUGCUCCUUCAAAACUUGGAUUUAAAUUUACUAACUUUUGCUCAAUAUUUCUCGGAGAUUAUCUGAACCAGCAUCAUAAAAGUUUUUAUCAAGAGACGAGCCUAAUCGAACAGAUUAUAAAUGUUUGGGUUUUCAGAUGGGGUAAACCCAUGUCGUUGAAACCCGAUCUGGGAUUCAAUUACAGAUGGAAGUUAUUGAUUUGGAAUGCCUGCUGCAGGUUUGGCAAAUGUGGAAAGAAGGCCGGAGCUUGGAGCUGGUGGAUCCCGCAGUGGAUAAUGUAGUUUUGACUUUCGAAGUAGAAAAAUGCAUCCGAGUGGGGCUGCUGUGCGUUCAAGAGGACGCGGCAGAUCGACCGGACAUGUCUUCAGUCGUGUUCAUGCUGAGGAAGGAGAGUACAGCCCUGUCCUCACCCAAGCAGCCCACUUUUGGCAUGAAGAAGGCGGCAGUUCUGCCAUCUUCCACGGUAAUAUCUGUCAUGGGACAAGAACACUGGAAUGGACGACAACCAGGCGACAAAGUUUUCGAAGCUCUUGGAGACGACAGAUACUGA